UGCUCCCUAUCCCAACUAUAUGGAUGACUAUGACUAUAUGGCACCUCAGUCUCGUGCACCUCAACCUGCCCAAUAUUCAUAUGCUAAGCGUCCCAUACCACCACAAAUACCACAAUAUAGAACGCCCAGCACUGCUUCUCCUAUAGAAGAAAAACAAGAAACUGCUCCACAAAUGGAUUAUUUAAGCAUACUUAAAUCCUUAAAAACCAUGUGGGAUCUUUAUCAAUCAUUUACCUCCUCCUGGAAUACCAUAGCCGAACGUCGUAAUCGUGAAGAGCAACUAGCACAGCAAAAAUACAAACAAAUGCAACAGAUACGUAUUAACUCGAAGAAACCACCAAAAUUUAAUAACAAAAAGAAUGGCACACAAACUACUAAAAAUCCACGAAAACAAACCACCACAACUACUACCACUACAACGCCCAUACUAAACAGUUCGGAAAUGUACACAUCUUCGGAGGAAGAAGUGCAGUCAGUUAAAAGGCAACCGUUAGCUAAAGUGGAGCCACGCAGGGCUAUUAAGGGUGGGAAGGUGAAUAGUAAGAAUGAGGAUAAUUUGAGAGAUAAAAGACGCGGAGCUACGGAUGUGGGUGAAGGACGUUAUAAGGGAGAUCCUUUGAAGGGCUAUUGAUUUGUCAUCACAGAAGGUUCAUACAAGUUUUGGGCGGUUUUUCAGGUCGGAACUGCCAUUUUGAUUAUAUACUCCACUUUUGCAGCCAUCUAUUAUUCCAAAGUAAAUCCACUGGUAAGUGAUUACGAUUAUACGGAUUAUUUGGGUGGAGCACGUUCUCUGUCUGGAGGCGAUUUGGACUUCGUAGAUGAUGAUGCGGGUGUAGAGAAAAAGGCACAAUCGAAAAGCUGGUUAGAAUAUUUGCCACGUACUGGACACUCACUGAAAUUCAUAUUAGAUGCCAUAGAUAAAUUGCCCACGGACCAUGUAGGAGAUGAGGGUAUAAAUAAGGAUAUCCAGGCUCAAGAGACGAGUAGUGAGGUGAAGGAAAAUUUAUAUGAAACAGAGUACACAGAUGAAGGUGGACAAGCGGAUGAGGCAGAAAAUACAGAUGAAACUGAAUCUUCCAGUGAAACGAAACAGGAUAAUAAUGCUAUGUAAAUGCUAUAAUUAGG